AUGAGCUCUCUGCCUCUGCAAUUCCACAUUCUGAAGCCAGUUUAUAAAAAGCACAGUGCUUUCUUAUUUGAUUUUCAUUAUUUGAUUCUCAAUAAAGCCACAGACCCAAGCAUGUCAGAACAGGAUUGGUCAGCUAUCCAGAAUUUCUGUGAACAGGUGAACACUGAUCCCACUGGCCCAACACAGGCUCCCUGGCUCCUGGCCCACAAGAUCCAGUCUUCACAAGAGAAGGAAGCUCUUUAUGCCUUAACGGUGCUAGAGAUGUGUGUGAACCAUUGUGGAGAGAAGUUCCACGGUGAGGUGGCCAAGUUCCGCUUCCUGAAUGAGUUGAUCAAAGUGUUGUCCCCAAAGUACCUAGGAUCCUGGACCACUGAAAAGGUUAAAGGACGAGUCAUUGAAAUACUCUUUAGUUGGACAGUCUGGUUUCCAGAAGACAUCAAGAUCCGAGAUGCUUAUCAGAUGCUUAAGAAACAAGGAAUCAUAAAGCAAGACCCUAAACUACCAGUGGACAAAAUCUUACCUCCACCUUCUCCCUGGCCCAAGAGCUCCAUUUUUGAUGCUGAUGAAGAAAAGUCAAAGCUUCUUACACAGCUUCUGAAGAGCAACCAUCCUGAGGAUCUUCAGGCUGCAAACAGGCUGAUCAAGAAUCUGGUCAAGGAGGAGCAAGAGAAAUCAGAGAAGGUGUCAAAGAGAAUCAGUGCAGUGGAAGAAGUUCGCAGCCAUGUGAAGGUGCUGCAGGAAAUGCUGAGCAGGUACCGCCAGCCCGGGCAGGCCCCACCAGACCAGCAGGCCUUGCAGGUCGUGUAUGAAAGGUGUGAAAAACUGCGGCCCACCCUGUUCCGGCUGGCAAGUGACAGCACAGAUGAUGAUGAUGCUCUUGCUGAGAUUCUCCAGGCAAAUGACCUCCUCACCCAGGGAGUUCUCCUGUACAAACAGGUGAUGGAGGGCCGUGUCACCUUUGGGAAUACAGUGACCAGCUCAUUGGGAGACAUACCUGUCUCCAGAGUCUUUCAGAAUCCAGCCGGUUGCAUGAAGAAUGGCUCCCUGAUUGACUUGGAGGUGGACGAUGGAUCUGAGCAGGCCAGGACUGUGGCGCCAUCUCUGCUUCAUCAGGACCUGGCAACCUUAGGGAUCACAGAUGCUCCUGUUACAAACAAGGUUGCCAGUCAGAAUUGCUGUAAGGAAAAGAAGAAUCCCACCCCUACCACCCCACCCAGUGGUGGUGUUCAGAGCCCUUCUGCAGAGAGGAACUUGCUGAAUCUCCUUUCACCACAGCCCUCUCCGGGCCCUCUGAAUUAUGUUCCCCAGAAAAGCAUCCCCAAGGAAGUGCCACCAGGUACAAAGUCCUCUCCAGGUUGGUCCUGGGAGGCUGGCCCAUUGGCUUCUUCCCCAUCUUCCCAGAACACACCUCUGGCUCAAGUGUUUGUCCCCUUGGAGGCUGUUAAGCCCAGCAGCCUGCCUCCCAUUAUUGUGUAUGACCGGAACGGAUUCAGGAUUCUGCUCCACUUCUCUGAUACUGCGGCUCCUGGGCACCCAGAGGUACAGGUGCUGCUGCUGACCAUGAUGAGCACGGGGUCCCAGCCUGUUUGGGAUGUCAUGUUUCAGGUGGCUGUGCCAAAGUCCAUGAGAGUGAAGCUGCAGCCAGCAUCUAGCUCCAGACUUCCUGCAUUCAGUCCUUUGAUGCCUCCAGCCGUGAUCUCGCAGAUGUUACUGCUUGAUAAUUCACACAAAGAACCCAUCCGGCUGCGGUAUAAGCUGACUUUCAACCAAGGUGGACAGCCUUUCAGUGAAGUAGGAGAAGUGAAAGACUUUCCAGACCUGGCUGUCUUGGGUACAGCCUGACUUUUCACAAGAUGGACCCUGCCUUUCAAGCUUAAGCCAGUGUUACUUUUGCUGUCUAGACAGAUCUGAUAAUGGUGAUUUAGUGCAGAGUGCCAAGAGUUCUGUCCUGUUGUCAGGCUCUGGGUGCCAACCGCUGACUUAUUCUGCAGAUUCUGUGUGUGUGAGUGUGUGUGAGUGUGAGUGUGAGUGAAAUGUGGAAGCAUUUUUGAUGAGCAUCUCUGAUACAACCAUAUCUGUUUCUGCAUGUAGGUGGACAGUGGUAUUCUCUGCCUCCAGUUUGAGGUUUUAUAAGCCAAAGGUGUUUUUCAUGUAUUAUCUUUUCAUUCAUCCACUCUGUGCCUUGUCAGCCUUUGAAAGUCUUGGCUACUCCCAGGUUGCUGUUCUCAGGGACCGUAAAAGAGACCUGGUUGGUCUUGGGGCAGAGGGUAUCUCCUGGAGCCCUCUUUUCCAAGAAAGACCUUGUCUCCAUUUCCAUUAGAGAAUGCUGCUUCCAUGUGUUUGGGAAGGUCUUCUAAAUGGAAUACUUGUUGCACUGUUUCCUGGCAAGCGGCUUCCUCUAGACCAGAGGACCACACUCAGUGGGCCAGUCAUGUCCUUCACCACUGUGCCUUAGACCUGCCCUCAGGUGGACCCUCUAGGGCAGAGGGGAAAGCAGAUCUGAGGCCUUACGCAGGCCUCAGUUUCUGUGGGUUGGGCAGUCUAUCUGCGCCCUUACUCGGGAUCCUCAUCUCCAUCCCCAUCCUCUUUUUCCUCAAGCGUUUACUCAGAGCUCUCUGAUUGUUGAGAUCAUGCUAGUCAUUGUAAAUCAUAGCCAACAGGCUGGUCCUUGCCUGUUUUUGACUUUACAAACCAAGAUGAAAAACUGUGAUGCAACUAUAUAUAAAAAGAGUUUAGCAAUGAUUUAAGUGGUAACUAUUAAUGUAGAAAUCACUGAAUAAAUACCAU